AGGGACAGAUGGGACUGACACAUGGUCCCCGUCGACCUCCUCCUCCUCCUCCUCCUCCUCCUCCUCCUCACACACUCUUUGCCUAAUCUGACCGGGUAGGACGGGGGAGGAUGGGGGAGGGCACCGGGCAUUCGCCACCAACUCUCCCUCUUUUCUGGCAGCAUCCCAGCACAGCCGCAGAGCCAGAGCGUGCAGGAUAUGGGCAAAAAAACAACUUCUUCCCCGUGAGGCUGGACUGAGAGCAGCCUGACUUGGUGACAUGCUGGGCUCGGCUCCCUUUAGUUAGUGUCCGAGUCGGACUAGAUUUACUGCUAAUCCAGCAUAAGGAGCAUGUAGGGACAACCUGCUGGGACUUUACUUUUCAUCGUCUAGUCUGUUAGAAGUUGUGUUAUGGCCUCUUUGAGGAUAUGAGGAUGCCAUCUUUGCAGGCACGCUGAGAAAACCUGUUUGUGCUGGAAGUUCAUGGCCAAAUGUAGAGUCGUCGUGGCCGAUGAAAAGCAGUUUACUGGCACAAUGUCGUCUUCUCAGGGGAUGAACCGCAGCGGCGCCUACAACUACUUCCUCAACAUGGUGGCCUAUCAGAUUUGCUGUUGCUGUGGACCGGCUCCCUGCUCGUUCUGCUGUGCCUUCUGUCCUCCUUUGAAAUCCUCCACCAGCACGCGGGUCAUGUACACCCUCUUCCACAUCAUGAGCUGCGCCGUCUCCUGCCUCAUGCUGUCCCGCACCGUCUCUGAGCUCGUCAGGGAAAAUGUGCCUUUCUUCAACAUCGUGUGUGACCAGGCGCAUGGGGGGGGCCACUGUGAGAUGCUGGUGGGCUACUCGGCGGUGUACAGAGUCUGUUUUGGCACGUCCUGUUUCUACCUGAUGAUGGCGAUCUUUCUCAUAGACGUGAAGUCCAGUCAGGACUUCAGAGCGCUCAUACACAACGGCUUCUGGUUCCUGAAGUUGAUCACCCUGCUCGGGAUGUGCACCGCUGCCUUCUUCAUCCCAACAGAGUCCUUCCUGCAUGCUUGGCAUUAUGUGGGUGUGGUGGGAGGAUUUGCCUUCAUCCUGAUCCAACUCAUCCUCAUCACAGCUUUUGCGCACACCUGGAAUAAGAACUGGUUGACCGGAGCAGCAGAGAACAAGCGUUGGUAUAUUGCGGUGAUGUGCGCCACCCUCUUCUUCUACACUAUCGCUACCAUGGCCUUCACCUUCAUGUACAAGUACUACACACACCCCAUCGCUUGCCACUUCAACAAGGUCUUGCUGUGGAUCAACCUGGGACUCUGCGGCCUCAUGUCCUUCAUUGCCGUCACACCGUGCGUGAAGCAGAAGCAGCCUCGGUCGGGACUCCUUCAAGCCUCCAUCAUCAGCUGUUAUGUUAUGUACCUCACUUUCUCUGCACUGUCCAGCCGUCCGCCAGAGAAAGUGGUGUAUCAGGGCAUGAACAUAACCGCAUGUUACCCCAAUGUGAGACAAGAUGGCAUCCAGAAUGAAGGCAAUGCUGUGGCCAUUAUUGGAGCAGCCAUCAUGUACUGCUGCGUCCUCUUUGCGUGUAAUGAAGCUUCCUACCUGGCAGAGAUGUUUGGUCCUUUUUGGAUGAUCAAAGUUUACCGCUACGAGUUCCAGAAAGCCACCUGCUGCUUCUGCUGCCCCGAGGAAGAGGAAGCUGAGGAAGAGUUUGUGAUGGAUGACGAGAACAAAGGCUGUCAGAAGGUUAUUUACAACGAGACGCAGAGAGUGGCUUACAGCUACUUCUUCUUCCAUUUCGUCUUCUUCUUGGCCUCGCUGUACGUCAUGAUGACCCUCACUAACUGGUUCAGCUAUGAGUCAGCAGUGUUGGAGACCACCUUCACCCAUGGCAGCUGGUCUACCUUCUGGGUGAAGAUGUCCUCAUGCUGGGCCUGUGUGAUCCUUUACCUCUGGCUGCUGCUGGGCCCUCUGUGCAGCUGCCAGUCUGAAUCCAGACCUCGGCGCUCACGCAUCAAACGGCGCUCUGGAUUGUCCCGUCACGUGCAUGUCAGCGUCUGACACGCUCUGUGAGGGGCCAGGCAGGAGUGAGGUGGACAUGGCGCAAUGUGGACGACAGGUCACUUCCCCUUGGUGCCCUGCAGGAGGGGAUUUUCAGGAACGGAGGUCACAGGGGUCAGGGGUCAAAAACUCACAGUGCUGUGAGAAGGACCAAUCAGAGGGCUCAGUGCCCAUUGGAUAUAAGAAGAACUGAAUAAAGACCUGAUGUCACAGGCUACACACCAUGAAAUAAACCACUAGCGAGGACUUGACUGUGGUUUGAAAAUAUACUUACAGUAUGAAUUGCCAAAGGGAUCAGAAGUGGUGAACUGUCACUGUAAAAUGUGGGAGUUACAGUAAGUAGGUGUAAAGAUAGAUACCUUUAUGAACUUUAAGUUUAGUAUUAUAUUCAAUUAUUGGCUGUGUUUAGACUUUUAAUAUCAUAACAAUGAAGGAUUCUAGAUAUUUGCUGUAAUAUUGCUACAGAGGCACACGUCCCAACAAUGUUUUUUUCUUGCUGAUAAACAAAAGAAUCUACCCUUAAAAAAGAAAGCCCUGUUAGACCUCUGAUCGUAGAUGAUGGUUUUGAUCAUGAACAAAUCUUUCUCAAAGUUGGAAACUGCGGGCUAAUUGCAUCGGCUUUGUAAGUUCAAACAUAACCUCUGAUGCAAGAGAUGGUCCUUACUGACACAUGUCACAUACAUGACACUAUUAUCUUAGAAAUUAACUAAAUAUUUCGGCAGAUCAUUUAUGCCAGUGGUGUCCAACCAUAUGCGAAGGGUUUCUGUUCAAUCAAACACCACAGAAGUUGUCUCUGUGUUGGAAGCUGACAUUUUGCUGAGGCUUUUCUCUCUUUCAAUAUCUGCUUUUAAAUACCUGCCAGUGGCGGUUCUAGACCAUUUGAAAUGGGGGGGUGGGGCACCAGAUAUAUUAAACACAUCUGUUACAUAACACCACCAUCCCCCUCAAUUUUGGUUCUCCAAAAGACCUAACAUACACAUAUAACAAAAAACACAAGAACACUCAUUCAGUGUUAAUAUAGAUUUUAUUUAAUGCCCAUGAGUAAUUACAAUGUUCCCUCUAUGGGGAUACAUGUUGGUGGUAAAUUAAAGAAAAUAAAUGUUUCUGUCGGGGGGGCCAGGCUUAAUAUUACGCCCCCCCCCCCCUUUAGAACCGCCAUUGAUACCUUUUUAAUGACUCACAUGGAAAUGUAAACUUCCAAUCUGGAAUUUUAGUUUCCAUGUAGUUACUGAUGACGCUAGAUGACACACACACACACACACACACACACACACACACACACACACACACACACAGUUAUAUUGUGAUGAUAAACUACAUUUAAACGUUUUUUAACCUGCAAUGAAAUUCAGUUACCAACUAGUUACAGUAAUAGUUCAACAUUUUUGGAAAACAUACUGCGCCUGGAGAGGAAUAAUUCCAGUGCAUUUACGUUUCUGUUUGUGUACAGUGUGCAUCCCAAAAUGUAGAGCCAUUGCUUGAUUAAGGACUUUUCAUCCAGUGUAAUAAUGAAUUUAGCUAUAACUUCUGCAAAUUUCUCCAAUUUCAAAUCAGUUGCUGGAAUGACAAUGCAUUGCAGUCACAAUGUAGUUUCACAAUAUAAUAGCAUUAACUUUAUUUCAUUUUGUGCUAACAGUUACAAAUCAGAAACAUGUGCACAGAACCAAUUGAAUUGCAUCCUUUCAUUCACUUAUUUACUUUGUCUCCUAUACCUGUCAAUAAGGCAGUUUCAGGAUUUGUUCUCAUGUCCAGCCCAAAGCCAAAGAAAGAUUUGUUCAUGUGUUGAGAUAAACCUGAAGAGUCCUGGGUCACGGGGAUAAUGGAUCCUCUUUCAGUAUUUUCUCUGCACCGACUGACAGGCAGCUAAACAGAAAUAUAUGAUGUUCUUUAAAGUUCAACACAAGGGGUUUGUUAAAUUAAGGCAAAAAUACUUUGCAUUUAAAUUACAAUGAGGAACAUGUGGCAUGAUCGCAUUAUGUUGCUUUGUGGUACAUCAUUCACUUGAAUCUUGUUUACAUUUUAUUGUGCGUGUUACUCUAUUUUGAAAACUUAAAAAAUUUAAACCAAGAGUGCUCAAAAAACAAACAAAUACUAAAAGUCACUUCCAGAGGGGACAGAAGCUUUCUGUCUCAUGCCUUCAGAUGAAGUAGUCAUGUCUGCUGAGGUGAACUGUGUUGUGAAUCUAAAAUAGCCCCCCCCCCCAUCAUCAUGCUAAUGUGUUAACCUUGGACUGCUUUCUCCACUGAGCGGAGUGUCUGCAUGACUUCCUGACAGUUAAUGAGCAGCGAUCUGGCUUAGUCAAAAAAGGAAUAUAUUAUCUGUAGAUUAUUAAUGUAGCAUUUCCUUUGUUGUAGAUGUGAAGCUUUUUUUGUAAAUACAUUGUUUUCUUACAAACGA